CGACGCAAGCAGAGUGCCAUUCUCGCCGCUGCCGCCACCUCGCAGUGCCCAGUGUACCGUGUUGUCUCUCCUCCGUGCCUUAACGAGCGAGGGAGCCCCCGGUGUGUGGUGUAGUGACUCAACUCUAGGUAGUCCUAACUUGAUCUUAGUUUUUGCUCCCAAGAAAAUAAGAAGAGGAAUCAUAUAUCGGCCAACAAGCUUCGUCUUUAAGGCUGACGAGCGAGGCGCUGGAAGUGAUGUGGAUAUCGUUACCAGUGAUGGCUUCCACUCCCUCAUAGCGGUAAUAUCCAUCCAUUACGCCACUUUGAUUUGGCAACAUUGUCCUGCAAAACAAAAACACAUCAGGUUUUUGUUGAUGUUUUUGACUUCGUAUACUGAGUAUCGUGCUGAGGAUACAAAAUUUGACAUACAUUGAGAAUGAUGUCAUACGAUCUUGUGAAUCGUUGGGAAUUUUGAAACAAUAUUGUAGUGCUGUGAGUCAGCGAGAAAAGCUGAAUAAUUUUGAAGGAAAUUUGUGUGCGAAUGAUUUGUAUUAAGAAUUUUUCACAUGUACAUUUCUCGAAUUAAAUACUGGUUAUAGAAAGAGAAGAAACUUAACAGUGAAACAGCAAGUUCACAAAAGACCAAAAGAAUAACUCAGCAAACUAGAUUAAGUCAUCGUACUCACGAGGAUAAGUCAUCGUCCUGAAGCGGGUGAUAUUUCUUAAUUGUAUGACUCGUUUGUCAAUUACAUUGUGUAAAUACCAAUAUCUUUAGAUAAUAUUGAAACUUCAACAAACUUAUAUAAACUUCAUCUAACUGUAGUUUACCUAAGUGAAAGAGAAUUCAAAGAUCAUUUGAUAAAACAAAUAUAAAGGUUUGGAAUAUUCUUUAAAAAAACACAGAAAUUCCUGAUCCCCGAGAGAACCACAGAACUUCCUGAUCCCGGAGAGAACCACAGAACCAGAAUAUCUUGCUCAAAGAACGCGUCGCUACUGCAGAAGAAAGAAGAAAACGUGUAAUUACGAAAGAUGAAGUAAAAUGAAGGAGGAACUAAUCAUCACUGCAGUAGCAGGAGGAGAAACGUGUUGAAGAGGAGGAACGUGUCACUCCUGUUGAGGAAGAGGAGGAACGUGUCACUCCUGUUGAGGAAAAGGAAGAACGUGUCACAAUUGUAGAAAAGCUGAGAAACGUGGCAUCACUAAAAGGGGAAGGAAGAAUAGAAAACUUGAAGGAGGAGGACGGAAGGAGGAAAGAAAGAAGGAAGGAGUCUCCCCGCCGCCUGCACGAGACUGCCUAUGGCGAUAGGGGUGAUCAGGCCCCUUACCCAGACAGAUGGAAUGGUACCCGUGCGGAAAAUGGCUGAAACUACGGCAACCAACUCAUGGAUCAUGGCCUCUCCCCCAGCUAUAAGCAGUUCCUCCUUAAUGCCACAGUUUCCCGCCGCUUUUCCGCCUUUCAAUUUGUUCACAACCUUCAACGGCUCUGAGAGGGACGGGACAGCCGCACUGUUUGGCGGGUCAGCACCCACCACCUGCAAGCCAGCAGAGCUGGUGUUGGGUGACGUGCUGGGAUUGGGGCUGCAGGUGCUGGAUUUCACCAUGAGCUAUAUGCCCACCUCUGUUCCAUACGUGCCCUUCCCUGCACCAUCACCAACACAACAACCAUCCACAAUGAGCAUCAGUGCUGGAGGUAUACCUUCUCCUAACUCAGCAAUACUAGCCUCUGUAGACAUGACGGAUGAUCCAGUGACGAAAGCUGUCAUGGAGAACGUGUUGGGUCGACUCCCGACUAAGAAGCCUCGGGUGACUGUUCGGUGUGAUGUUUGCAAUUUGGAGUUUUCAUCCCAGACGGUCUUAGACUCUCAUAUGGCUGGUUCCAAGCAUCAACGUAAGGUUAAAUCUGCAGAAUUACUGAAGACUUUAGAGGAAACUGAGACGGGAUUUGAACGUGACGAGGUCAGUGGAGUGAUCCGAUGCAUUGUGUGUGAUGUAACAGUUAAUUCACCCCAGUUAUUAGCGACGCAUAUAGCAGGAAACAAACACAAACAACGUGCAGCGAAGCGCGCCGGUCAAGGCUCUAGCGACCCUCCACCUAAGAGACUGUGCACGACAGGGUCAGGGGUCACAGGCCAGGAUGCUACGGGCUGUUCCACUAUCAGUAGCAGCAACGGUGGGACGCAGGAUCCACCACCAUCUGGGUCAAAUGACUCUCAGGGAGUACGAAGUUCUGGAACGAGCUCCAACCUAGAGAUCCCUGAGUGCGUCACCAAGUUAGAGGACACAAAAGGUGGUGGAAAAUACCUUUGCAACCCCUGCCAGGCUCACUGUAAUUCAGAGCAGCAGCUAGCUCAGCAUUUAUCAUCAAGGAAGCACCAGGAUAAAUUGAGUGGACGUAAACCACAAGGCGGAGGGUGGAGGGCUAGGCGGCGCCCUUCAUUCCGUGGUGGACGAACCGGACACCCACGAUCCCACACCUACACUCAACCCCUAUCAUCCAACUUUGUUGCAGGUGGUGCUCUCCUGUGAGGGCAUAGGAAGUCUUGAAUAGUCUUAGGGCUAUAGGCUAGGAACUGUUACAGUUCAGGCAGGUACAAUUCCAGUGUUAAUUUCUUAACUUUUCAGCCUUUUGCAAGUUACAGCUACAGUUUAUUUAAAAAAUUAUUAUUACUUGUUCAUUUUCAAGUAUAGUAUGCUGUGCCAUUUGUUGAAGUGUUUGCAGUUCUUUAAAUUUAGGCAUCUGUUGUAUGAUAAUCAUGUCUAGCUAGUCAAAAUGCUCAGUAAAUAUAUUAUAUUUACAAAUUGUCUUGGAUAUCAUUGAUUUAAAAAAUUUAUUACUACAGUAUAUACAUUUGACACAGUUUUAUGUUCUUUUCUGUGCAAUUUCACUUUUCAAAGUCUGCUUUUAUAUAAUCCAUUCAGGAUCCCGUCCCAGUUAAGAGUUUUUGAAAGUCAUAAACAAAUAGAAGUUUAACAUUUGAGUAGUCUUCAACGUGAGCUUAUUAGGCACUGGACUUACACCUGCCUUGGGCUUUCCGAUCAUAGGAUAUGGAUGUUAGAAGUAUGUAAGUGAUCUGAAUCUUUUAGGCUAGUCAACUGAGUACUAACCUCAAUCAGUUGACUAGUGAGGACUUUCUUGCCAGUACGGAUAGGAGGUUCAUUUGUAUUUUUCCUUAUUCAUCGCUGUUUCACACGGUGUUAAUCCCACUCAUCACAGUGCAGUAAAGUUACUCAAAUUACUUUAUUUUUUGGGGGGGUGGGGGGAACUUACGAGUUUCCAUUAUAUUUUUUUAACUGAGGCUACACUUAAUAGUCUACAUAAAAGUUGCAUUUUCUUCAUGGAGUCAAAAGUGGUUUUAUGCUUUUGAUGUGAAUCUAAUGAGAAAAAAAGUUGUAUAAAAGAAUUUUAGUUUUAAGAUAAAUAAUAACAAACUAUGAUUGUAAAAUGGAUAGCUGCCUCAAAGCAUGAUAAAAAGUGAUAAGGAGCAGCAUAUUGAGUACUGGGGUGUAAUGAAACAUGUAUCACAUUGUAUAUUACAGCAGCCACUUCAAUUACAUGAUUUACUUUUCUCAGUCUUUACAUUCCACAUGAAUUUGAAGAAUUUAACAAACUUCAUUGAAACCAAGAGAAAAUUUUAAUUUACAGUAAUGAAUUUUGUCUUAAAUGUCAUGCUUUUUCAUAUGAUAUAAAAAGUUUUAUUGUUCUAAUAAACUAUGAGUGCCAUUAUACCCAGUGGACUUUAGUGCCACAGUUUGAGUAGCAGUAUAAUGUUGUUUGCCAUUGUGGACUUUAACACACAGGUACAGUAAUGUUACAAACACCAGGAGCCAUCCCUAUCCAGGUUGUAAAGCAUGUUGGUCAUGCUACUUAUGCCCAGGUACAUAAGAGAAGUAACACCACUCCCAAAGGCUCUGUAGUAAAAAAAAACCAGUUUUGUUGAAGUUUUCUUGUGGUAUAAAAUAACAGCAUUGGCAUAAGAAAAAAUUUAUAUUUCUUGUUUUAAUGCAAUUAGAGCCACUGGCACUGAAUAAAUAAUGGAAAUUAAUCACUAUUCAGCCACUUGUUCAGCGUGCUGAUUGACUAACCCAUGGACACGUCAUUUGACUCCGCCCCAUUAGUCAUCAUCUUCAACAAUGAAAGUGUGAAUCUAAAAGUGAUCAAUAUAAUUUUUAGCAAUGGUAGUUUUUGUAGCUUCAUGCAGGAUUCACUGUAAGAAUAAGAAAAAGUUUGUCUUUUCAUAGAUUUCUAUGAAGUGCUCAGCUUAUAAAAAAAAAAAUAAAAGCAUGUAAAAGAAGUGAUCAUUGGAGCUUUAUUUAUUUAAAUUUUAUUGUAGAA